AUUCAUCAUGAUAAGAUCAGGGCUGGGACGCGCUACGAAGCAUUUCUUCAUGACGACGACGCUGCACGGCUUCAAGUAUCUCUGCUCGGGAUUCCAUUCUGAUCGCGUAUGCUGGGUGAGCUGGUGCGUGGCCAGCGCGUGCUGCGCGGGGACGCUGUGCGCCGUGCUGUGGGCGCGCUUCCUGCAAGUGCCGGCGUUGCUGACCGUCCGGUCGGCCACCUCGGCGCCGGCUGCACUACCCGCCGUGGCCGUCUGUCUCCCGCCGGCGAGCGUGGCCCUCCUUCUUGUCAGAAACUUCUUGUAUGAUGACGUGGGUCACGUGGGUAGUAGGUACUCAAGCAACCUUCCUUCCAGGUCAGCAGACAAUGCAAUCAUCCGCCGCCUCACUGGCACCUUCUCCAACAUCCUCCAAAGCAAGGAGACCAAGCCCGAGAACCUGAUGCUUUUGGACGCUCUGCUCAAGUCCCACAACGUGACGCUCUUGGAGGCUCUGUAUAGGAACACGCCCCCGUGCGGGGAGUUCGCCAAGAAGUGUCGGUGGCAGAAGAAGGGAAUACCUUGUGACGAGCUGUUCCAUAGGGAACUCACCAUUUAUGGAGUUUGUUGCGUGAUGAAGUUUAAUAAGUUGAAGCCGCCGAAGUCCCCGAUAGCGAUGCUGGACAGCAGCAAGACGUUCCGCAUGGUGCUGCAGUGCUCCAAGCCCGAUGUGUUCUUUGGCUGCGAGUUCUUCACGAUGUACGAAGGCGAAGAGAUGGUGAACACGGUGACCCUCGUGCCCGGCUCCGAGUACACCGCGCAGCUCACCUUCACGGCCGUCCAGGCCUCCAACUCCGAGGAGCUGGUCACCGGCUCGUGUGUCUCCAGCGAGUCCUACUCCCGCAAGAUGUGCAUGGACACGUGUAUGGAGCGACAUUGUGGCUGUUCCAACCCUCUACGGACUAUAUUCGAGGACGAGUAUGACGUGCCUCCGCCCUGCAAGCUGUGGCAGCUGGGCUGUCUGCAGAGAAUAGAAAAUUCAUCAUGCAGCUGCCUGCCGCCUUGCAGAAAAAUUUCAACAGACUUGUCGCUGGAAAACAGCAUCAUGAAAUCGGCGGAGUACACAUUUGAUCCUCUCUACCAAGGCAUCAACGUGUCGUCGCAGACGGUGAUCAAGCUGCGCGUGCUGGAGGGCGGCUCCAAGAUCUUCACGCGGCAGCCCACCGAGACCUGGUUCACGCUGCUCUCGUCCCUGGGCGGCGUGUUCAACAUGUUCCUCGGCGUGGGGCUAUUCAGCGCGCUGGAGCUGAUAUUCUUCGUCCUGGUGCGGAUCCCCGCCGCCAUGCGGACCGCGCCCGAGAUGCAGCUGCCGGUCACUCACGUCACUCACGUGCAGGCCCGCCAUUGACGGCGCCGUGUGCCCGUCACACCCGGCUCGUGAGGGACGGCGCUGGAGUGGUCGCGCCCGGGAUGCAGCUGCCGGUCACUCACGCGCAGGACUGCCACUGACGGGAACGUGUACCCGAUACUCCCGGCUUGUGUCG